UUAGUUGCAUAAUAACAAUUUUCUCAAAGUGUAAAUGACACUAUUUAUUAGAAGAAUAUUAGAAGAAUAAAAUUAUGAAAAUUUAAGUGAUUUAGAAGUGCUCUUGAUAAAAAUGAUUUUUUAUUGAACAAAUUAUUGAAUUAUGUAUGACAGAGCUCCAAGGUUCAGUAAACAUAUCAAUACAACUCCUGAAAAUGUUGGACCUGCUACUUACAUAUUGUCUGAUAUUUUUGAUCAAAGCACCAACUGUCAGUGUGGGGCUGGAGGACAGACUCCAUUUAAUUCAUCCAGUUUGAGAACAAUUUCGUUUACAAAUAAAAGCCUCAUUGGAAACCCAAGUCCAAACAAAUAUAAAAUAUGUUUUCGAAGGCAUCGGAUAGUUGGUGGAACCACUAUACAAAACAGAGCACCGAGGUUCUCUUACAGAGAAAAAGAUUACGUCGCUGGACCAGAUUUGACAAGAAAGGCAAAGAAGCUGCAUGGACGUAUUCAACGAGGCGUUCCUCCUCGCAACAGCUCAACUAGAGUGACGACCAUCCCUGAGAAAGGAGCUGAAGGAUAUCUGGACACUGAGGACGGACUGGUCAAGAUAUACAACCCUCCGGAGAAUAAACCUGUUGGUCCAACAACUUACUACAAUCCAAAGGGACACGACAACUUCACAACUUUGCAGUACAAAGGUAAUUUCUGGUCUCAUAAGACAGCAACAAGGUUUAAAUACAAAAUAUCUGAUGGGCCUAGUCCAGCAGACUAUUCUAUCAAUGAAAAGCAUGAAUCUCCAUGGAAGAAAUGCCAAGAGCAGCUACGGAGUAGGAAUCAAGCCAACGCACCUUCGCUUAGACAUGAUGAUGUUAUUCUUCGAAAACUUUGCAGAGAGAAUCUGCCAGGGCCUGGGGCUUACUCUCAAAAUGACUCACAUUUGAAAAAGUGUGAAUGUGGAGUUGGGGGAACAUUCUCUAAAGCAAAGCGAGGGAGCUUACACCGUACUGACGAUGACGGGCCGGGACCAGCAGCCUACUGUGAUUCUAGGUCCUCCAUAGAGAGAGCUCUCCCUGCAGUGUCUCCUUUCAACACCACAGCACACCGCUUUGCUCCAUCGCGCCAAGGCCCACUUCCAGGACCAGCUGAUUACACCCCAAAAUUUGGACUGUGGAAUGAAGUGAAGAAGAGGGAAAACUCCAGAUAUUCCCAGUUUUCAGCUCCUUUUGACAGUAGCUCAAGUAGGAACACUGGAACUAUAAAACCUGAUGUUUUGUGUAUCCCAGGACCAGACUUGUACUACCCGAAGUUCCAGCAAAAGGGAGACAAAAACCAAAGCUCUAUGUUUGCCUCAGGGGUAGAAAGAGGUCUCAGCAUUGUAAAUCAGAAUUUGCCAGGACCAAAUACAUAUUCUGUGAGUGAAUCCAUUAAGCUGCUGUCUUCCCACACGAGCCAUUUGCAACAGAAAUGCUCAGCAUUUUUGACUUCGAGUGAGAGAAUAAAACCACUGAGAAGAUCCUAUAGCCCAGGUCCAGACACUUAUGACACAACUCAAUCGUCUUUGAAUUCAAAAUCUGGAGUUAUUGGAAUGAAAUUAAGAAGCAAAACUGUUGAAAUUACUCCGGGACCUGCUCAAUACAGGAUCCAUCCCAAAUAUGCAACUUCUAGAGUAUUGGAUACCAGCAAUGUGUCAUUAAAACACGCGCCCAAGGGAAGAAAAAACAAAAAGAAGCCUAAGAGAGGGAAAAAUGAUCAGUUGUUGUAAUGCAAUUGAGGUGUUUUCCAUCUUCUCCAUUUCCAACUUCCAACUAGACUUUGCUCUCUGGAUUGUCUUUAGGUUGUUACCAAUAAAAUUGACAUUGUUUCAAUAUCUGUGAGGAUUAUGUUUAAUCUAUGGAUUUACCUAGAAGAAAGCAAAUACAUAUUAUUCCUACGCAC